GUUUCAUCAUGACACACCCUCUAGGUUUGAACUCCAACAAGGCAUACUGGUUUACCCUAGACAUACUUCAUUGUUCACAUUCUCUAAUUUAAAACCUGUCACACCACAGUUUCAUUGAAACUACACCACACACAGAGAGUUUGUCUGUGCAUUUUCACUGAGGACUCAAAAUGUCUCGACGUAGCAGUGUGGCAGACCAGAGCCGUCACAGCUCUCUUGGAAAGUCCCAGCGAUCUGAGUCCUAUGGAAAAUACAGCAACCCAAGACCCAGCAGCCGGAACAGCCAGCAAAAUGUACUCUGUGAUUUCUGCCUGACGAAAAAGAUGAAGGCUGUGAAGUCCUGUCUAACAUGCCUGACCUCAUUCUGUGAGACCCAUCUGCAAGCUCACUAUGAAUACCCAGCACUGAUGAAGCACAAGUUGGUGCCAGCAACAGGGCAGCUAAAAGAAAAGAUCUGUGCUGAACAUGACAAACUACUGGAGGUCUACUGCCGCUCGGAUCAGACGUGCGUUUGUGUUCUGUGCAUCAUGGAUGAACAUAAAAAACAUGACAUUGUCUCAGCUGCAUCUGAAAGAACAGAGAAACAGAAACAGCUUAGUGCUAAACUGCUGACCUCUCAGCACAAGAUUGAUGAGAGAGUGAAGAAGUGGCAAGAUUUGUUACAGGCUAAAGAGGCUCUUAAGCACUCAUCUCAGAGUGUGUUGGAGGAGAAUGAAAGAAUAUUUACAGAGUUGAUGCAAGCUUUAGAGAGGAGGUACACUGAUGUCAAGGAGAUGAUCCGAGCCCAAGAAACAGCUCUGAUGACUCAAGCUGAGAGACACCUGAGCCGAAUAGAGGAGGAAAUCACAUUACUGAAGAUGAAACACAAUGACCUGGAGAGACUUUCUCAUUCUGAAGAUCAUAUACAUUUCUUACAGAGCUGGGAGUCUCUUUCUGCACCCACAGGAUAUGAGGACUUAUCCAAAGUGACACUGUCUCCACUUUAUUAUUUUGAUAAAGUAAAGAAAACCAUCUCUGAGCUGAAGGUGCAAAUAGAAAAUGUAAGCAAUGGAGAACUGAACAAGGUCUCAUCUGCAGCAAGAGAAGUUCAAAUUCUGCAGAUCCUAGAACCAAGAAAGAGGGAGGAAUUUUUACAGCAUUACUGUCAGCUUUUCCUGGACCCACUAACAGCUCACCCAAAUCUACAACUUUCCAAGGGAAACAAAGUGGUGCAGAUGAGCAAUGAACCCAACGCAUAUCCAGAACACCCAGAGAGAUUUGACUACUGGCAGCAGGUGCUGUGCAGGGAGGGUAUGACCGGUAGCCGUUACUACUGGGAGAUUGAAUGGAGUGGUACAGAAGUAGACAUAGCUGUGACUAACAAAGAAAUAAAAAGGAAGGGCAGUGACAAUAUUUGCAGCUUUGGCUGGAAUGAUCAAUCCUGGAGUCUGUACUGCUCCGAGUCUAAGUGCACAUUCAUGCACCAAAGUAAGCGUGUCUCCAUACCACUGCCUAUUUCUUCAAAAAUAGGAGUGUAUUUAGACCACAAGGCUGCAACACUGGCAUUUUAUAGUGUCUCAGACACAAUGACUCUCCUCCACAAAGUACAUACUUCAUUCACUCAGCCACUCUAUGCAGGGUUUGGAGUCUGGGGUUAUGGAAGUACAAUAAGGAUACUGUAAAAUUGAAUUUAUACAUUUAAAUGCACAGGUAAUAUUCUAGAAAACUACUGCAUUUCCUUUUCAAUCAAAGGGCAUUCUUAUUUAAAUCCUCUCAUAGGUUUGACUACUUGCUUUUAUUGGUACUAUAUUAAAGUGAAAGAGAGAAAUUCUAAACAAAAGACACCACAGCUAUUACACAAGAACCACUAGAUGGUGUUAUUCAAUCUCUUUGUCAUUGACAGUAAAA